AUGUGGAACCGACGCAGCGACGCUGUAUUUGCAAGCCUUUCAGUCAAAACGAAACAACAAAACGGAAAUGAAGCUCCUGACGAGUACCUUUUGUGCUUAACGGAGUCGGAAAUCCCGUCUUUUGGGGAGGAGUCGAGAAGCCAGCUUUCAUCAGGGCUUCGACACACGACACUGCUAGUGGUUCGUGAUCGGGCUCCGAUCCUGCCAUCCCCAGCGACCCCUUCCGCAAUCUCGGAAAUCAGAGGCUCAAAAGCCGUGGAGCGCUGCUCCCCGCUUCAAAUUGCUCACGCCAUACUGAAGGAGCAUAACCUUCCACAUGGCCUGCUGCCUAUGGAGAGCCUGGCGGACAUCUCCUUCAAUUCGUCUGACGGGAAAUUCGUUGCAACUCAGGGAAAAGAUGAGUGCAUGGCGGAAUUCGGGGGACAUUACAUCAAGUUUGACAGAGUCAUAUCUGGGGAUCUCUGUCAAAACGGAAUAUUCAACCUCAAGGGAAUCAGAGUCAAACGCUUCCUCAUGUGGUUGCCCAUCGGCAGUGUGAGAACAGACCCUCCUCCUGGUAAAAACAUUCACUUCCAGCAAUUUCAUCCCACGAACUACGAGUCGUCGACCCCGUCUGCCUUUUUGCCCGCAGAAGCAGCACUAGCACAAACACAAGCUCGUCCCACCGUCAACGGAUUCUGUUCCGCUGCUAUCAACGCUUCUACCAAUCAUGGCGAUGACUCACCGCGUCGCACGCGCCUCCUCGACGAGACCUACCUCUCCUCUCCUCUUAUCAACCGCCAUCCGGGAUGGCGGCGCAGUUUGUUUUUCCUGCCGUUCGGCCGGUACAUGUGCGGCAAGUCCAAGCUGAAGGGUUUUACCUCGAUGGUGAAACUCCAGUACGGGCUCUCUCUGCACUGGAAGGCCACCAAGGCCAAGCACAUCCAUUUCGCCAUCCAAGCGCACCCGGGAUCCGCGGCGCACAAGGCGGGCUGGUUCGCCGUCGGGUGGUCGCCCAGCGGCGACAUGGGCGGCAGCAACGUGAUCGCGUACGAGACAGGCACGGGCACCGCGUCGCCGUACGAUCUACAGGGCCAAUCCGCCGCCGUCGCCGCCACGUCGUGGGCGCCCGGGUCGCUGGAUGUUUCUACGGGCAAGAAGGGCGGCAUUAUCGUCAAGUUCACUCGCUCGGCCAGCGAUGGAUCAUCCGUGAAGGUGCACAACAAUGGGGGAGCCAACAUUGUGUUUGCAUACGGCCCUGACUCCAACGUCGCCCUGCACACCGAUGCGGAGCACUCUGUGGCUGACUUCUCCUGUGGCUGCGGGUUUCUCAGGAACGGCUGCUGA